GCGCUCGAGCUCCUUAAAGCCCAUUCGUCGUGCGCGAGCCCGUUAGAUGGCAACUCUCGGUAUUCUCCAACGACUGGAGAGUGAGAGCACCGCGCGCAGAAAACGGACUACAGUAUUCCCGAGGAGUUUGAGUUUAAAAAAAUGAGUAUACAGGACUAAACAGCACGGAAUUGAGAAGUAAUAUACAAGGUGAUACUUUGAAAGCUAAUAUUCCAUUUGAAAACAGCCGGACAUAGGCUAUAGGCCAAGACCCCACGGGCAGCGUACGUAAGAGGUGACGCAGCCAUGCAGCACUACGGAGUGAAUGGAUAUUCUCUCCACGCCAUGAACUCACUAAAUGCCAUGUACAAUCUUCACCAGCAGGCGGCGCAGCAUGCCCAGCACGCGCCCGACUAUCGGCCGUCCGUGCACGCGCUCACGCUGGCAGAGAGACUGGCUGACAUAAUCCUUGAGGCCCGGUAUGGCUCCCAGCACAGGAAGCAGCGACGCAGUCGCACAGCCUUCACUACCCAGCAGCUGGAGGCCCUGGAAAAGACCUUCCAGAAGACCCACUACCCUGACGUGGUGAUGCGCGAACGCCUGGCCAUGUGUACCAACUUACCAGAGGCCCGUGUGCAGGUGUGGUUCAAGAACCGCCGCGCCAAGUUCCGCAAGAAGCAGCGCAGCCUGCAAAAGGAGCAGCUCCAGAAACAGAAGGAGGCCAACAGAGAGGGAGGUGACGAGGAAAAGGUCAAGACCACCGACCCUUCCACCCAGACAUCUCCAUCUCCAUCCUCCCUCUCGGAGACCAUGCGGCCCCAGCCUGCGGAGAUGAGUGUGGAGGUGAACGUCACCUCCCCGGAGGCCUCGGACAGCGAGUCGGCUGCAGAGGAUAACGGUGAGGGAGAUGAGGAGCUGAAGUGGGAGAGGCUGCAGGAUACUCAGCAGCAUCAUGGGGAGGUGCAGCAGGGGGAUGCAGGGCUGCAGCCGGGAGGAGGAUCUCCAUCCUGCAAACGCUUCAGCCCCACACCAGACUCUCCCUCCCUCCCCUCCUCUAGCAGUGGCGGUGGCAGCAGUUGUGUGUCCCAAGGCUCCUACGCCUCGUCCCCUCUCAGCCUCUUCCGUCUGCAGGAGCAGUUCCGCCAGCACAUGGCUGCAACCAACAACGUGGUCCACUACCCCUCCUUCGACAUGAGUACCCCCUCCUCCCUGCCCUACCUGGGCAUGAACGUCAACAUGCCGUCCCCCCUGGGCUCUCUGCCCUGCCAAUCGUACUACCAGUCCCUGUCCCAGGCAUCCAUGUCCCAAGUGUCCAUGUCCCAGGCCCAGCAGGUGUGGAAUUGCCCCUUGACGGGUCUCCAGGCCCCUCCGAGCAGCCUACCCAGCCUCAACAGCAAGACCACCAGCAUCGAGAACCUGCGUCUGAGGGCCAAGCAGCACGCUGCCUCCCUGGGCCUGGACACGCUACCCAACUGACCCCCUGGACACGCUACCCAACUGACCCCCUGGACACGCUACCCAACUGACCCCCUGGACACGCUACCCAACUGACCCCCUGGACACGCUACCCAACUGACCCCCUGGACACGCUACCCAACUGACCCCCUGGACACGCUACCCAACUGACCCCCUGGACACGCUACCCAACUGACACCCUGGACACGCUACCCAACUGACACCCUGGACACGCUACCCAACUGACACCCUGGACACGCUACCCAACUGACACCCUGGACACGCUACCCAACUGACACCCUGGACACGCUACCCAACUGACACCCUGGACACGCUACCCAACUGACCCCCUGGACACCCUACCCAACUGACCCCCUGGACACGCUACCCAACUGACCCCCAGACUGACCCCCACAGUCAGAUGUUAUGACCCUUUCUACAGACUGGACAUUAUAGACACUGCAUCAGUUUUGUACACUGGGACUGCAUGGGACUGGACAUUAGAUAAGAACCCUACCGGACUAUACUUAUUUGACACCCUUGCAGGUGAGAUACAUAGACCCAGUGCAAUCUCACUACUAUACUGAACAAAAAUAUAAAUGGAACAUGUAAAGUGUUGGUCCCAUGUUUCAUGAGUUCAAAUAGAAUAUCCCAGAAAUUUUCCAUACGCACAAAAAGCACAUUUCAUGGUCAAAUUUGUUUGCAUCCCUGUUAAUGAGCAUUUCUCCUUUGCCAAGAUAAUCCAUCCACCUGAUAGGUGUGGCAUAUCAAUAAGCUGAUUAAACAGCAUGAUUAUUACACAGGUGCAUCUUUUUCUGGGGACAAUAAAAGGUCCCUCUAAAAUGUGCAGUUUUGUCACACAACACAAUGCCACAGAUGUCUCAAGUUGAGGGAGUGUGCAAUUGGCAUGCUGACUUCAAGAAUGUCCACUAGAGCGGUUGUCAGAGAAUUCAAUGUUAAUUUCUCUACCAUAAGCCACCUCGAACAUUGUUUUAGAGAAUCUGGCAGUACGUCCAACCGGCCUCACAACCGCAGGCCACGUGUAACCACACCAACCCAGGACCUCCACAUCUAGCUUCCUCACCUGCUGGAUCAUCUGAGACCAGACACUUGGACAGCUGAUGAAACUGAGGAGUAUUUCUGUCUGUAAUUAAAGCUCUUUUGUGGUGAAAAAGUAAUUCUGAUUGGUUAGGCCUGGCUCCCCAUUGCCUUCCCAGGCCCACCAAUGGCUGCACCCCUGCCCAGUCAUGGGAAAUCCAUAAAUUAGGGCCCAAUGAACUGAUUUCAAUUGACUGAUUUCCUCAUAUGAACUGUAACUGGGUAAAAUCAUUUAAAUUGAUGCCUGUUCGGUUGAUAUUUUUGUUCAGUAUACUUCCUACCAAACCAGUUGGAUCAGACUUCAAAUGCUACACUCCUAAAUCACAAAGCUGUCAUCUCAUAUGGGGCAAAUGCAUUAUGACCGUCCACAGUAUAUCUGAUGAUCUCAACACUAGAAGUGGUGAGGGUGACCAUAAUAUUAAAGAUGAGCUUUGCAUGCAUCCUGAGAGAGGGAUUACAACAUCACAAAGAUAGAAAUGGUACAAAGAUUGAAUCAAGAUUCCAGCCUCAGAUGAAAACUCCCAUUCAAAUAUUUGAACUGGCCAGUCUGUCCUGUUGUAAUAGCCUACAAAUCCCACAAUGCCCUGCACCUGGCAGAUGGACAGUACUUCCUGUUUUAGAGCUACCCCCACCAUGUUUGUUUCCAUCCCAUCUUUUAUAUUAUUGUAAGUUGGUGUCUCCUUUUGCGUCAGAGUACUUACAAGAGACAUUCAAUCUAUUUUUGAAUUGUUCCAUUGUGGCUUAAUGCAAAGGACCCCCCAGUAGAAUGAGCCAAUACCUACUCGGUACAGAUUAGUCAAUGGAAUCCUACCGGGGGAACAGAGCGACCUUCAAAUAUGAAACUGUUGAACCUAUGUUAUGUUCACCUGGGGGCCAGGCUGUUUCUGCGUUCAAGAGCGUUGGUACAUCCUUAAAAAGACAAGAAAAAAAACUUUGUGUUGUUGACUAAAGCAGAAACGGACUGGCACCCAGGCCAUAGCUACAGUAUAUGCAUUUAAUCAUUGUAGAUCCCAGACGUGUACUUGUCCAUUUUUUACUUAAAUGCGAGUCAUUUAUCUGUUAAAAUGCAAGGGAAUAAACCACAUGUUUGAAGACUGAUUGGUUAAUGAGAUGAUUAUUUUAGAGGUUUAUUAAAAUUAUGCAAAUUACAA